AUGCUGACCAGGUUCCUGGGCCCGCGUUACCGGCAGCUAGCGAAGAACUGGCUGCCCACAGCGGGCAUGUGGGGCGCUGUGGGUUCCGUGGGGCUGGUGUGGGCCACAGACUGGCGGCUGAUCCUGGACUGGGUGCCCUACAUCAAUGGCAAAUUUAAGAAGGACGAUUGA